CAGAUCACAAAGGCGUGAGAGGAGAGAUCCAACGCUGAAAACACGCAUUUCCCUUCAUUGCUGUCGUGCAUCUGACAAGGCAGGGCGCAGAUCUGACGCCAGCAGUGCUUGUCCGGCUCCGGGCGCUAUCAUCUCGCCACUGCGCUGGCUGUGUCUAUAUCAUAUCUCCCUGUCUGUCUGCCAUCGUCACAAUGGAGACCAGCGAGCGAUACGACCGAUUCAUCAAGCGGAAUGAGGUCGGUCGGCGAGGACAGCAGAAUGGAAUCUUUGUUUCCAUCUGUGUGUGUGUGUGUGUGUGCAGACGGCGUGUUGUGAGCGGAUGGCCACGGGCAGCACACAGACGACCCGACGGCGGGCGGCCAGCAGCGCAAACGCCGACAGCGCUAACCACCAUCAUGACAGCGACAUGGUCAACACGAUGGGCUCGCCAGCCACUAUCGUGAGCCUGUUCAACACACCUGUGUGUGGCUGUUGUGUCAUGUGCAAUGCAUCGUGCAGGUGCGGACGCGCAGCGAGCCUAUAGAUCUGGACGAUCUGGCGGACUUGGACACCAAGAGCAGCGACUCGGACCAGGAACACGUAGGCCGCAGAGACCUUCAGACGCGCACAGACACAGACACACACAGAUGGAUGGAGGGAUGGGUUGACAGGGCUCGAACGACAAGCGAGUGCGCUCUUUUGGCCGCAAACGGACACGUAUGACACAGACAGCACACUCCGACACUCAUGCACACCCGCCCCUUGUGCAUGGCUCUGUGUGUGUGUGUGUGUCAGCCUUCCGUCUGCGCGGACCACCGCCCUCUGCGUCGCCGGCACACUCACAGAAGAGACGUACGCAUUGCUGCACACACGCAUAUUGAAGUGCAUUCAUUACACACACGUGUGUGGUGGUAUGUGGUGCUGUCUGAGUAAAGGCCCCACCCCGGUCUCCCUCCCCUCCAUCGCGCGAUCGCUCAGCGUCCCGGCGAAAUCCAGAGCGAACAGACGGUCGGUCGGUCAGUCUGCUCUCUGCUGCAAACACACACGUGCUUGUAUCUCUCAUUGGUGUGGGGCUGUUUGGUGCAGUUGGCGUCAGCUGCGAUGGGCUGCUGCUGCUGUGGAGCGGCUCAAGCGCCCCGAGAUACACGUCGUCAACGACCUGGUGAGUGAGUGGCGCACCAUUUAUCUAAUCGAUCUGCACACGCUCGUGUGUGUGUGUGUGUGUGUGUGUGUGUGUUCGUCUACACAGAAUGACUUGGUGGACGAGCACCCAUCCGGGGCGACACAGCAGAGCGACUACCUGCAGCAAGCAGAACCGAGAAUGGUACUCACUCAUGGGCAGCAACACUGCCCCUCCGUGUGCAUAAGAGCUGUGUGAGAAUCUCCUUCCAUGCAUCCAGAGCACCUUCCAAGAGGCCCUGCACCACCAUCGGCUGCAGCAGAGGCUGUUUGACGCCGUAAGCGCAUCACAUCAGUGACACAAACGUGCCCAUCUCGUCUGGGUGCAUGGGCGGUGUUUGGUGUGCAUACCCACACGCAGGCCAGCAAGGGCCACGUCGGGGAGUGGCAGCAGAUCUACAAAAACGACCCCUCAAGGAAGGUCUUCGACGUAAGUGGGCGAGGCCUGCACGAGUGCAUAAUCCAUCCGUCAACGCAUCCAUUCCUCGUUGUCGCAGGGCACUAGUCGGUCGUCGACGAUCAACGCCCACAACCAGUUCGGCUACACACAGCUGCACGUGGCCGCACAGGUGAGCACACACAGCUCUCCCGCCUCUGCUAGUCCAUUGCAUUGCGUGUGUGUGUGUGCAGAAUGGUGAUGUGGCCAUGUGCACCUGUCUGCUGGAGCAUGGAGCCGACGCGUCCAUCCUCUCAAAGAACGUACGCACACACCUGCAGACACGUGUGUGUGGGAUUGUGUCUGCUGCACUGCGUUCCUGCAGUCAUCUGAGUAUCCUCUGGAGACAGCUGCCAAGGUGAGAGAGAGAGAGAGAGAGAGAGAGAGUCAUGUACUCGUACACGAUUGUGUGUGUGUGUGUGUGUGUGUGUGUGCAGUGGGGCCAUGCUGAUGUGGUGUCUCUGCUGCUGCAGCAAGCACCGGCCAGCACCACCACAAACAGCAAUAACACGGCCCUCCUUCGGUACAAAACUACGAGCGCAGGUCAACACCUGGGUGUUGCUGUGUGACGUGUGUGUGGUGUGGUGUGCAGGCGGGCUCUCCACUUGGCCUCCAACGAUAGAGUCCGGUCUGUGCUGCACAAUCACGCCGGUACGAAGAGAACGGACCCACAGCAGCCGAAGGUCCUUGAAGGCACAUUUGGGUGUCUGUCUGGCUGUCUGUCUGGCUGUCUGUCUGUGUGUCUGUCAGAGUCGCGGGGCAUCAAGAGCAAGGUGCUGGUGAAGAGGCCCCAAUGCUGCUGUGUACAAUAGACACACACACACAUGGGGAGCAGGGGUGCAGCUGUGGGCGGCAUGGCCGGCCGGCUGUCGGCUGUCUGUACAGCUUGGCUGGCGCGCUUUGGUGUGACAUCCAUUGGCCGUCGUUGGUAUCCACCACGUGUGUGUGUGUGUGUGUGUGUUGAGAUGGAGAGAUAGACGUAUCUGUGUGAUUUAUCUUGUGUGGGCAUGUGAGGCCCUUCCUAUUACUUCGGCGUCUGGCGAUGUGUGAACAGACGAAUGGGUUAUGUGUGUGUGUUGGGUGUUGGUGAAUUAUGUGUGUGAUAA